AUGACGACGAUUGGUGCACAAAAUGGGACAAGAGAAAUACAAGUAGGGGUGAUUCUUGAUAUGGAUUCUUAUAUCGGAAAGAGCAGUCGGGUUUGCAUUUCAAUGGCUUUAGAAGAUUUUUAUGAUGAUAAUAACGGGUCUACCGUCAUCAUACGCCCUCACUACCGAGAUCCCGGAAAUAACGACAUUCAAGCUGCCUCUGCUGCCAUAGACCUUCUAAAAAACUCUCAAGUCAUGGCAAUUCUUGGACCCCAACAAUCGUCUCAGGCAAAUUUUAUACUUGAUAUUGCUGAGAAAUCCAAGGUUCCCAUGAUAUCCUCAGCCACCAGUCCUGAUCUCUCCCCAAAUGCAAACAACUUCUUCAUCCGCACAGCACAAGCUUCCUCCACACAAGCCCAACCCAUUGCAGCCAUUAUCAAGUCCUUCGGAUGGAGGGAAGUCGUCUUGGUUUUCGAGGAUUCUGAUUUCGGAAGGGGCCUCAUUCCCUAUUUAUCUGAUGCCAUGGAAAACAUUACUACUCACGUGAAUCGAUGCAUCCUGUUGCCUCCUUCCUCCUCUGAUGAUUUGAUUAAUCAACAACUUCAGAACUUAAAGACCAUGCAAACUCGGGUGUUCGUGGUACACAUGUUACCGGCUCUUGCUUCACGGUUCUUCAAGAAAGCCGAUGAAGCUAGAAUGAUGACUCGAGGGUCUGCAUGGAUCAUCACUGAUGUGCUCACUAUCCAUUUCAAUCAUUUGGUUCCCGAAGAUAGAAAGUUUAUGCAUGGUGUGAUAGGUGUGAAGCCUUAUAUACCACCAUCAAAGCAGCUAACCCACUUUCAUAAGAGAUGGAGGAGGAGGUUUCAGAAAGAAUACCCUGAAAUGGAUAGAAUAUUUGAGCUUGAUGUGUUUGGAAUAUGGUGGUAUGAUUCUGUUUUUGCACUAGCAACCUCAUUACAGAAAGUUGAAACCGAAUUAAUUGGUACCACUUUUAAGAGACCAACGAAGGCCUCGACGGACUUGACUGCCAUUGGAACAUCAGAAAUGGGAGCCUCGCUCGUUUCAAUCAUCCGAAAUACAACGCUUAAAGGGCUGCUGAGCGGCGAUUUUCAGGUGAUAAAUGGACAACUACGAAUAAUAGCGUACGAAAUAGUGAAUGUGAUCGAGAAGAACGAGAAACGAAUCGGGUUUUGGAAUUCAAAGAAUGGAAUCACAUCAAACCAACCAAGCUACAAUGAGAGCAUGAAUUACACAACUAACAAAGAUGAUUUUGGAGCUAUCAUAUGGCCUGGUGAUAGUGUAGAAAUCCCUAAAGGUUGGGAGAUCCCAACAAGCAAGGAUGGAAAGCUACGAGUGGGGGUUCCAGGUGCAAAAGAUGGAUUUGUUGAGUUGAUUCAUGCCGAAGUAGAUCCUAAAACGAACGAGACUAAGGCGAGUGGAUUUUGCGUAGAUGUUUUCAAGGCAGUGGUAGACGCAUUGCCAUAUGCUAUAGACUACACUUUCAUUCCUUAUGGAAUUAAUGAUACUGAUCAGAGUUCUGGAGAUUACAAUCAUCUUGUUCAUCAGAUUGUUGAUCAGGUAAUUAACUAA